CAACGAAAUUAAAUUAAAUCAAAGAAAACAAACGCAAUAAUAAAAAUUAAAAAAGAAAAGAAAUUAGAGACUCUUUCUUUCACGCGCCAGCGCCAAAGCAAGACGCGACUCAGAUCCAAAUCUUCUUCGUUCCUCUUUCUCUGUCGCCGGCGACCGAUUUGGAUCUCCGCUUCCGAAUUCGGGUCAUCGACCCGGUUAUCUUGCAUUUCAUUCAGUUAGAUCCAAUUGUGCUUUUUCGCCAUGGAUCCGAUCUUAAAUCCGUUCUCUUCAGGCACGCGUCUCAGGGACAUGAUUCGGGCCAUACGUGCUUGCAAAACUGCAGCAGAAGAGCGUGCUGCCAUUAGAAAAGAAUGUGCUGCCAUUCGUACUUCAAUCAAUGAAAACGAUCCAGACUAUAGGCAUCGCAAUCUGGCUAAGCUUAUGUUCAUCCACAUGCUUGGCUACCCUACGCAUUUUGGUCAAAUGGAGUGCCUGAAGUGUAUAGCAUCUCCCGGAUUUCCAGAGAAGAGAAUAGGUUACCUUGGCCUUAUGCUGCUCCUUGAUGAAAGACAAGAAGUGCUAAUGUUGGUCACCAAUUCUUUGAAACAAGAUCUUAAUCACAUGAAUCAGUAUAUAGUAGGACUUGCUCUUUGUGCUUUAGGAAACAUAUGCUCAGCAGAAAUGGCUCGUGAUCUUGCACCUGAGGUUGAGAGACUGCUGCAAUUUCGAGAUCCAAAUAUUCGGAAGAAGGCAGCAUUGUGCUCUAUACGAAUCAUAAAGAAAGUUCCAGACUUGGCGGAAAACUUUGUCAAGCCUGCUACUGCCUUGCUUAAGGAGAAGCAUCAUGGAGUUUUGAUCACUGCAGUUCAGCUUUGUGCAGAUUUGUGUAAAGUUAGCAGAGAAGCUCUUGAACAUAUUCGAAAGAAAUGCACAGAGGGUUUGGUGAGAACUCUUAAGGAUCUAGCAAACAGUUCUUAUUCACCAGAGUAUGAUGUUUCUGGCAUCACAGACCCGUUUCUUCAUAUCAGAUUGCUCAAGUUGUUGCGAUUGCUGGGUGAAGGUGAUGCCGAUGCUAGUGACUCUAUGAAUGACAUACUUGCCCAGGUGGGUACGAAGACCGAGUCAAAUAAAGUUGCUGCGAAUGCCAUUUUAUAUGAGUGCGUUCAAACAAUAAUGAGCAUUGAAGGUAAUGGUGGCUUGCGCGUGCUUGCCAUCGGUAUCCUAGGAAAAUUCUUGUCAAACCGUGACAACAAUAUCAGAUAUGUGGCAUUAAACAUGCUGAUGAAAGCUGUAACUGCUGAUCCUCAGGCAGUGCUUAGGUAUCGUGCAACAAUUCUGGAAUGUGUGAAGGAUGCUGAUGCUUCAAUUCGGAAAAGAGCCCUUGAACUUGUUUAUGUUCUGGUGAAUGAAAGUAAUGUGAAGCCCCUAACGACAGAGCUAGUAUCUUAUCUGGAAACCUGCGAUCAGGAUUUCAAGGGGGACCUUACUGCUAAAAUUUGCUCAAUAGUUUCAAAGUUUUCACCGGAGAAAAUCUGGUAUAUUGAUCAGAUGAUCAAGGUUUUGUUGGAGGCUGGAAAUUUUGUAAAGGAUGAAGUGUGGCGUGCCCUAAUUGUUGUUAUAAGCAAUGCUUCAGAGCUUCAUGGAUAUGCAGUAAGAGCAUUAUACAAGGCAUUUCAAAAGUCAAAUGAACAGGAAGCCUUCACUCGUGUUGCAAUAUGGUGCAUUGGAGAGUAUGGUGACUUGUUAAUAAAUAAUGUUGGAAUGCUUGACCUUGAAGAUCGAAUAACAGUGACUGAGUCAGAUGCUGUGGAUCUUGUAGAGAUUACUAUACAAUGCCAUGCAUUGGAUUUUACCACAAAAGCAAUGGCUUUGGUUGCCCUAUUAAAGCUCUCUUCACGUUUCCCUUCUUGUUCAAAGAGGAUCAGGGAAAUAAUUGUUAAGUACAAAGGGAACUUUGUGCUAGAGUUGCAGCAAAGAUCUAUAGAAUUCAAUUCAAUUAUUGCCAGACAUCAAAAUAUUAGGUCUAUGCUUGUAGAAAGGAUGCCAGUUUUGGAUGAGGCAACUUUCAUUGGUCGCCAGGCUGGGUCUCUGCCUGAUGCAGGUUCCAUUUCGGCAGGAUCUUCUGUGAGUCUUCCAAACGGGGUAGCCAAACCUGCAGACUCUCUUGUAGAUCUGCUUGAUCUAAAUUCAAAUGAUGCUCCCGCACCAAGCUCUUCUGGUGGGGAUUUUCUUCAGGACCUUCUUGGUGUCGAUCUGUCACCGGCAGCACAAUCGGGUGCUAACCAAACUUCAAAAAGUGGCACAGAUGCUCUUUUGGAUCUCUUGUCUGUUGGAUCAGUGUCUGGACCUGUUGAAUCACCUUCUGCACAAAGCAAUUCUUCUGCCAUAGACAUUUUAUCUGCCAGUAAAAGUGAAAAAGCAUCCGUUUCACCAUUAGAUGAUCUCUCAUCACUCUCACUAUCUUCAAGAACAACUUCAAUCACUGGAGCUGCUCCAAUGAUGGAUUUGUUGGAUGGUUUUGCAUCCACCCCACCGAAAAGUGAAAACAAUGGGACAGUUUAUCCAUCUAUAACUGCAUUCGAGAGCAGCUCCUUGCAGUUGACAUUCAAUUUCUCAAAACAGCCAGGAAACUCACAAACAACAAAUAUCCAAGCUACCUUCAUAAAUUUGUCCUCUGAUGAAUACACAGAUUUUAUUUUUCAGGCAGCAGUUCCAAAGUUUCUGCAGCUGCAAUUAGAUCCAGCUAGCGGCAGUACUCUCCCUGCCAACGGAAAUGGUUCAAUCACUCAAAAUUUUCGAGUUACCAAUAGCCAAAAUGGAAAGAAAACUCUUGUAAUGCGCAUAAGGAUAACAUACAAGAUAAAUGGCAAGGAGAAACUGGAGGAGGGACAAAUCAGUAAUUUUCCUCGUGAUUUAUGAGCGCCAAAAUGGUAAGUGGCCAUUGUGGGUGAUACCAUAAAAGGCAUAAAUUAAUAAUAAGCCCUUUUCGUUUUCCGCACUUAAUAGUCAGUCAGGAAUGCACUUUUCGUGUUUCACUUUCAUGCCUCAAAAUGAGAGGGCGGUAUGGUUCAUACAACUGGGUCCGCUUUCCGGCUCAAUGAGGUAGGUUUGUUUUAUUUGUUUGGUGGCUUCACAAGCUGCAAUUCUUAACUAGCGUAGGUUCUUUAUGUAAAUUAGUCCAAAAUAUUCUUGUACGAUGAUGUCAAUCACAGUUUUACCUAUAAGGAACACAGAAUUGUCUCACA